AUGACGAAGCGCUCGUUGUUCUUCCUCCUUUUCAGCGGCAUUGUGUCCGUGGCAUAUGCCGGUGUUAGAUUUCCCCCACAUGCAAGGGAUGUCAAAGCCGGUGCCAAUCCAGCGUGUGUCUUGAACCCAAAUGGUUGUCUCUGUAGUGGAUUCUGUCCUCCGCUUCUUACGUGCUGCGAUGAUCUGUGUGUGGAUCUACAGACAAACCCCGAGCACUGCGGUACCUGCAAUACUGUUUGCCCCCCAGAGAAUGCCAUCUGCAAUGGCGGCAUUUGCGACCCCCUCUGCAUGCCUCCGCAGAUAGGAUGCGGAUUUGACUGUGUUGAUUCAUCCACCGAUCCCAACAACUGCGGAGGAUGCGGCAUUGUGUGUCCUCCAGAGACCCCUUCUUGCGUUAAUAGUAUCUGUAUCUUCGUCUGCCUGCCUCCGAAUAUGGAAUGCAGUGGCCAAUGUGUCGAUCCAACCAGCGACCCUAACAACUGCGGAGCUUGCGGCACCGUGUGCCCUAGCGGCGACGCCUGCUGCAAUGGCGUCUGCACCCACCUCCAGACAUGCCAUGACUCUUGCGGGGCAUGCGAUAUUGCGUGCCCGCCUAGCUCGGAUUGCUGCAACGGUCUGUGCCAGGAUGUUCUCAGUGAUCCUGCAAACUGCGGGGGGUGUGGCAUUGUGUGUUCAGAGAAUGAAGUUUGCACUGAUGGUGUCUGCCAAGUGUGUGCGCCAGGCCAGACAGUGUGUGGUGACACCUGUACUGACCUGAACACUGAUCCCAACAACUGCGGUGCGUGUGGUAAUGUGUGCCCUGUUGAACAGCUUUGUGUCAGUGGAGUCUGUGAGACAGUGUGUCCUCCAGACCAGACGGUGUGCAAUGGUGUCUGUGUUGAUCUCACUACUGAUCCUAAUAACUGCGGUGCGUGUGAUAAUGUGUGCCCUGAUGGACAACUCUGUGUUGGUGGAGUUUGUCAGACAGUGUGUCCUCCGGACCAGACUGAGUGUAGUGGUGUCUGCGUUGACCUUACAACUGAUCCGAACAACUGCGGUGCAUGUGGUAAUGUGUGUCCUGAUGGACAACCUUGCGUUGGUGGAGUCUGUCAAGUGUGCCCUCCGGGCCAGACCGAGUGCAAUGGUGUCUGCACUGACACCACGACUGACCCGUUGAACUGUGGCGCUUGUGGAACUCAGUGUCCAGAUGGUCAGACAUGCACGGAUAGCAUAUGUGGCUGCCCAGAUGAUCUGACAGACUGCGAUGGUAUCUGCAUUGAUACCACUACUGACCCUUUGAACUGCGGUGCUUGUGGAAAUCAGUGUCCAGAUGAUGAAACCUGCACAGACAGCACAUGUGGAUGUCCAGAUGAUCUGAUAGACUGUGAUGGUGUCUGCACUGAUACUACUACUGACCCCUUAAACUGUGGUGCUUGUGGAAAUCAGUGCACUGACGGCCAGAUCUGCGCAGCUGGCACAUGUGGCUGUCCAAAUAAUCUAACAGACUGUGGUGGAGUCUGCACUGACACCACUAUGGACCCAUUGAACUGCGGUGCUUGUGGAAAUCAGUGCACCUUCAGUCAGAUCUGCACGGGUGGUACAUGUGGCUGUCCAGACAAUCUGACAGACUGUGAUGGCCUGUGCACUGACACCACUACGGACCCAUUGAACUGCGGUGCCUGUGGCAAUCAGUGUUCCCCCGGCGACAUCUGCAGCGGAGGAGUGUGUUUGGUGAUGUCCCGGAUCUGA